GUUGCGCUACUAGUUUUUGUGUGGAUUAGCGAGUCUGGUGUGAUUGUUUAUUUAUAUUAUAUGAAUAUUCGCGUUCAAACUAAAAAUGUGUAGCAGUAUGAUUUAACUCUGCUACGAACAAUUGGUUCUGUUUAUUCAGGCCAGGGAUUCCAUGUUUUGCAUUUUGUGCGGUGCAAAUGAGUGUUAAGCCGAGAUGGGGAAUCUAAAGACAGAGAUGACAAGGGAGUGUUAACUGACUACUGAUUUGCACAAUAAUGACAAAAUAUUCAAUUUAGUAUAAAGCAGACAAGGCAUUGUUCAUCAUAGAUUACUUUCAUAUUCACAAUGGCUCUGGCUGGCAUGAAAACUAUUUCAUGGAAACUACAAGACAUGGUGGCCCACCCAAGUAAUGUGUCUUCACUGGCAUUGGGUAAAUCAUCAAGUCGCUUGCUGGCUACUGGGGGAGAGGACUGCCGCGUUAACAUCUGGGCUGUCAACAAAUCUAAUUGCAUUAUGAGUUUGACGGGCCACACUAGUCCGGUGGAGUGUGUUCAUUUUAGUACCUCAGAGGAGCAGGUGGUAGCUGGCUCUCAGUCAGGUUCUCUGCGUGUCUGGGACCUGGAAGCUGUCAAAAUACUGCGUACAUUGAUUGGUCACAAGGCUAAUGUCUGCAGUGUAGACUUUCACCCCUUUGGAGAAUACUUGGCCUCUGGUUCUGUGGAUACUAAUAUUAAGCUAUGGGAUGUGAGGAGGAAAGGCUGUGUGUUCAGGUAUAAGGGUCAUACUCAAGCAAUACGUUGUCUAGCAUUUAGUCCUGAUGGAAAGUGGCUUGCUUCAGCCAGUGAUGACAGCACAGUUAAGCUAUGGGAUCUAACAGCUGGGAAGAUGAUUACAGAAUUUACAGCACAUACAUCAGCAGUUAAUGUUGUCCAGUUCCAUCCUAAUGAGUACCUUUUGGCUUCUGGGAGUAUUGACAGGACCAUUAAGCUGUGGGAUUUGGAAAAAUUCAAGAUAAUUGGCUCAUCAGAGAGCGACACACCUGCAAGAUGUGUUUUGUUUAGUCCUGAUGGGAGCUGCCUGUACAGUGGCUCUGAUGACAUGUUGCGUGUAUAUGGCUGGGAGCCAGAUCGCUGCUUUGAUAUGGUACAUGUGGGCUGGGGAAAAGUGACUGACUUUGCCAUCUGCAGCAAUCAAAUGGUUGGAGUGUCCUGCAACCAGAUGAAUGUAAGUUUGUAUGUUGUGGAUCUAGAACGUGUUAAGAAACCAGGAUCUGUGAGCCAAGUGCUGAUUAAGGAUGGCCAGCCUUUUUCAGCCCAUACUUCUAAGGGAACAACUCUGCGGCGUAAUUACGAGCGACCAACCACAACCUGCAGUAGACAGACAAUGAAACAGAAUGUUACUGGAGACAAGUGCAUUCCUGAAAGUGAGAGGCAUAACCUCAGCAGUGAGGAUGAGCAUGACGAGAAAGCAAGCAGUGCAGAAAUCACAAACCAAGAUGACUAUAAAGAGAUCUUCCAGCCACACAAAGCCAUUUCACGCACACCUCCCAAAAAGAAUAAACCUUUUUUUGCUCCACUUGAAGAUGGAAGCUUUGUGGUGAAGCCCUGCAUAGUGACAGAGAUCAUUACUCCAGUGUCAGAUAGACUAAAGGCCCCCGCUGCUUUCUCUACACCUUUUCAGCGAAUGGAGUCCACAGUAGUAAACACAGCUCCACCCCAACCCUUUUCCUUGGCAACUGCAUUAAUCUCAAAGCAUGUUGAAACUACGGCUAAACUCAACCCUGGUCUGGCUUUCAUCCCCACAACACGCAAUGAGCCUAUUGGCCUCCAUUUUUUGGACUUCUUACCACCUGCACUGGGUGGAAAGACUAGUGUUAUGUCAGAUGAGGAGGCUUUGACUCAAAUCAAAAAAGGACACGACACUAUGUGUGUGAUGUUGACAAGCAGACAGAAAAACCUUGACACAGUGCGUUCUGUCUGGGCUGCCAGUGAUAUCAAGACGUCACUUGACUCUGCUGUGAACGUAAAUGAUCUGUCCAUUGUGGUGGACAUCCUCAACAUAGUCAACCUCAAACCGUCAGUUUGGAAACUGGAUACCUGCACCUCUAUUUUGCCUCAGAUUGAAGAACUUCUGCAGAGUAAAUAUGAAAGUUAUGUGCAGACUGGAUAUAUGUCUUUGAAGAUAAUUCUAAAACGUUUUUGGCCAUUGAUCUCAGACACAUUAACUGCACUUCCAUCUGUUGGAGUAGACAUUACACGGGAAGAGAGGUAUCAGAAGUGUAAGUCAUGCUAUAAACAGCUGAAGAACCUUAGUAACAUAAUAAAGAACCGGGCAGAGCAAGCUGGUCGCCACGGCAGUACUUUUAAAGAACUACAGCUUCUUAUGGCCCCACUGGAGCAACAAACAUUGUAACUAAUAAUGUAGUUUAAUCUCAGAAACAAUGAUUUGUCUUAGUAUCUAAAUAGACAAAGUUCACGUAAGGGCAUUUAAAAUUAUAAGGUAAACAACAAAACAUUUUUGUUUGUUUUAAAAAAACGCAUAAAUAUAAUUUACUGGUUUAUGAAUAUAACCCCAAUUUCUAAAAAGUUGCAACAAUCAGAAACAUGUAAAUAAAAAGAGACAUUGAU